CGGUUGUCGUAAAAAUAUUCAUACGCAGAUUACCUAUUAUCAACCAACUACAACAACAUCUACCCAAACCACCACCACAAUGAACACGGCCGCUACAGGGCAUGGAAUGGCCUCGCGCUACCAUGCCCACCGCACCGCACACAAGCACGCAGUUUCCGUCUUCUAGAAACGCAUGCGCGUGUAUACAUGCGUGCAGCAAGCGGCCUUGCACACCUCCUCCACCCACAGUAUCCCCAACCCUUCCCACCCCAGCAGCAGUGCACACAACACGCAGACCCAAACCUAAAACCCUUCGCAACGUCAGUCAGCGCGCAAAUUCCCAAGAACAGCAAGAUAAAAAGCAAUGAAUGCGUGUUUUAAAGACGAAGCUUUGUUUAGGUGUGUUUCUUCUCAGAUAGGAGCGAAAGAUGGAAUGGUUGUUUCCCCAGGUAUUCUGGUCGGUUGAACUAUGCAUUGUGGUUUGGAUCAUCAGGGAAGAAGGCGAGCCUGCGAGCACUUGCAAGCGAGAGCAGUGCAGGCACCGUGGGUAGGUUGUUGUUAUUGUUGUGUGGAAAGAGGAAAUGUGCAAGGCUUACCUCGUGCUGGGGUGCCGCUGUCGCCGAGGCGGGGGUGCGGCGGCAGCGGUGGUGGUGAUGGGGGAGUGGUUG